ACCAGUAUCCAAUAGAUUUUUUAAGUCCCUAUUUCACUCAACCUACCAAACGGACUCUUAAGUCCGGUCGUUGAUUUUACUAAAUUGUCAAGAAGAACAAAAAAUUGUUUUCGUUGAAAAUGCAUAUCAUCAUUUAUUUAUGAAAAUUUACCCAAACCAACCCCAAACCUCAUCGGGAAAAAGAGUCCGAUACGCACAACCAAUUCGUCAUCUUCCUACUGAUUAACCGGCAGACGUUGAAGAUGAUGCGGGCGACGACAAUUUCUUCUUCAUUGAAGGUUGGUUAUGGCAUCGCCAGCAGACUCAGAGGUAUGUCGCCUGUGCCUUGUUUUCUUCAUAAAUCUACUCUCCUUCUAUUCUUCAACGUUUACUUGGCUCCGUUUCACUCUCGACCUUCUUAUCCAACCAAAUCUACAAACACCCAAUUGCGUCAGCUUGUCAAAGUAACUAAUCUUGAGGAUGCACUCCAUGUGUUCGACGAAAUGCUUCAAAUGCGUCCUCUGCCUUCCGUCGUCCGUUUCAAUCAAGUCUUGACUCAAGUCGCCAAGUUGAAACAUUAUUCGGCAGUCAUCUCGCUGAAUGACCAAAUGGAGCUGUCCGGAAUUCGUCCUGAUGUUUAUACUCUAAGCAUCAUCAUUAAUUGCUUUUCCCAUCUCAACCAAAUGGAAUUUGGUUUAUCUUUGUUGGGAAAAUUCUUCAAACUUGGUUUUGAACCGACUGUGGCGACCUUCUCCACUCUAAUCAAUGGAUUCCUUCUUCAGGAUAGAGAGGCUGAUGCUGUCGGGAUUCUGAAUAAGAUGGAGAGUGGUGAUUGUAAGCCAGAUGUGGUUACUUUCGGCACACUAGUAAAGGGCCUUUGCAUGAAAGGUAACAACACUGAAGCUAUUCAACUACUUAGGAAAAUGGAAGAAGGAGGUUGCAAGCCUGGCAUUGUUAUUUACAGCACGAUCAUCGACAGUCUUUGUAAGGAUACUAUGGUGGUUGAUGCGAUGAACCUUUUCUCUGAAAUGAUGAGUAAAUGUAUUGAACCCGACAUCAUUACCUAUACUUCUUUGAUUCAUGGAGUAUGCAAAUUAGGGGAGUGGAAAGAAGCUGCGAGAUUGUUUAAUGAAAUGGUGAGCAAAGGUAUUUUUCCAAAUCUGCAAACCUUCAGUGUAUUGAUAGACACCCUUUGUAAGGAGGGCUUGGUCGGGAAAGCAAAAAGCAUGGUCGAAAUGAUGACGCAAAGAGAUAUUGAGCCUAACACUGUUACUUAUAAUUCUCUUAUGGAUGGUUAUUGCUUGCGAGGAGAAAUGCGUGAGGCAAAAAAGGUUUUGGAACUAAUGCUCAGAAAGGGCUACACAGUUGAUGCCUAUAGUUACAACAUACUGAUAAACGGCUAUUGUAAGCAUAAAAGGAUAGAUGAGGCGGUGUUGCUUUUUGAGGAAAUUUCUAGUAGCAGAGUCAUUCUGAAUGUCGUUACUUACACCACUCUCAUGGACGGUUUUUGCAAAGUAGGGAGAACACAAGAUGCACAAAAGUUGUUCUCUCAGAUGCAAGCUUGUGGCCAUUUUCCAAAUGUUCAAGCCUAUGCUGUUUUAUUGGGUGGCCUGUGUAAAAACCAACAAUUUCCCGAGGCAAUACAAUUGUUAAGAGAUAUGGAAAGUAAGAAGUUAAAGCCAAAUAUUGUGAUUUACGCUAUUCUAAUUGGAGGAUUGUGCAUUGGUGGGAAAGUUGACUCUGCAAGGGAUCUCUUUCGCAGUUUAUCAUCAAGAGGUCUUCAACCUAAUACCAGGACGUAUAACAUAAUGAUUAGUGGAUUUUGCAACGGAGGGCUAACAAACGAAGCGGUAAAAUUACUUAAAGAAAUGGAAGAGAAAGGUUGUUCUCCAAAUGGUUGGACCUAUAACAUAAUCAUCCGAGGCUUUUUCAAUAACAAUGAGCCAUCAGAAGCCAUGGGACUUAUUCAACAAAUGGUGGGGAAGGGUUUUUCUGCAGAUGCGUCAACUACGGAAUUGAUAAUUGAUUUGUUGUCUAAAGAUAAAGUAGAUCCUGCUUUGUUACCAUUGAUAGAAAGAAUAAAAGGGUGACUCAAGCCAACAACGCUCCCACUUUGCGAGGGUCGUGGGGGGUGAGUACGUCUAUUGUAUGCAGCCUUACCCUUGAGUUGCAAAGAGACUCUUUCCUCAACUUGAAUCCGUGACAUUUCGGUCACAAAGGAGCAACCUUUCCUUUGUGCCAAGGCUUGCCCGAUCUGAAUAAUUAAUUACUCAUCUUGAUGGAAGACUUUAAGGGUGUGCUAGAUUUCUCAACGCCAACUGUUUAGCAGGGAAUGAAAUUCAGCAAACAGUGUUGCUAGAAGAUGUCUUGGACGCUUAUGUGAAGGAGCAUCCAUUUCCACGUUCAGGUGGAAAUAGGGGCUCAGAAAGUUACAAAAAAUUUAGUGUGAUAUAUGAUGACGAAGUCUCUGAUAUGGAAGAUCAUAUUGUUUGCGGAUGAAAAUGGAGACAUGCUGAUCGAUUUGAGUAUGGUUACUUGCAGUCCCCAGCCAUGGAUUAUGAAAUAUAUGAUUCUCAUUAAUUCGGUUGAGACACGGGGGAUUGUAAUUUUCAGCUGAACCUAGUUGCUUCCCGAAUGCCUCUUUACUUUAAUAUGGUCCCUGUGCCUCCUUCCUUGCCACCAACGUACGCUACCAGGAGAGCAAGCAAGCUACCUUGCUUGCAUUCUCAAUACGGUAGCUUCCGUGCCCUUCCUGCCUGCUGAAUUUGAUGUGAUUAACCAUGACAGCUCUUCAAAUCCUAUUGAUUAUGAUUAGAUGUGUCAUUGAAACAA